UUACGUCUCGCCCCUAGCAACACACGAAAUAUAAUACAUGGGUUCGGCAAAACAAUCUAUCGAAACAUUUUGGCUUUGAUUUUACCCGCAGAACAAACAAAAAUGGCGCAAGUUCAGCCAGUUCAGCCAGCUCAGCCACAACAACACACAACAGUGAUAAUAAACCAGCCCAUGCGCAUGAACCCAAUGCAGCCGCAUCCACUUCGAGAUUGGAGCACAGGCCUGUUUGGUUGCUUCGAAGACGUCGGAGACUGCCUCUUCGCGUGGUUUUGUCCUCUGUAUUACUGCUGUGUGUUGUCCAGUAAACAAGGGGACUCUUGCUGGGGACCGUGUUGUGUUCCUACAUGGCCUACAGUCUUCAGGUCGCAUAUUAGAGGUGUUCAUUCAAUACAGGGAAGUAUUUGCAACGAUUGCAUGGUGACCAACUGCUGUGGUCCGUUAGCCUUGUGUCAGAUGAGCCGGGAGCUGGACAACAUUUUGAAAGGAAAUCCUCGGGCCCUCCCACUUUCCUAGACAACUUGAUUGAAAAAACAUUCCUAAUUAUCCGUCCACUAUAAACUAGUACAUACAUAUGCCAGUUUCCUUGUCCUCAAAAAGAUUAUUUAUUAAUUCACAAUGUUCUCUUCUUAAACGUAAAACAGUUGCAUUGUGGUAAAAAUAGAUAUAAAUAUUUUUAAAUAAGUUAUUUUCGUGGGCACCAAUUUUUUAAUUUUUUUUUAAUAUAUAUUCAAGUUGACGUAUAGCGAGGUUCUUAAUAUUAUAAAUUUGUGCAUUGAAAAUCAUAAUUUUCUACCGUUAGUCCUAUAACAAUGACUGGCUUCAAGAAUACGAUAUUGUGAAAACCAAAUAACCCCCCUUCCAAAAAAGAAGAAGUUUGUUUUAAAAGUUAGUUUUGUUUAACAUUGAUUAUAUUGGAUUGUGUAUGAAUUGCUAGGCCUUUCAUACCCACUAACAUUCUUCAGGCUAUAAACAAUAACAUUUGAAUGACUAACUAUCUGUACAUUUUCCAGGGAUAUUCAAUAAGUUUCACAAAGUAGCAUUAAAAUCCCACAGACGGGAUAGCAUAUAUAGUGAUAUACCAGUCGAGUUACACUGGCUAGAACGAGAAAUAGCCCAAUGGGCCCACCGACGGGGAUCGAACGCGAAUCGGGUGAGUGCUUUACCAUUGAGCUACGUCCAGCCCUUACUGGACAAUCAAGUGAUUAUUACGAGUAGUGGCGACUAGAACUGUGUGUGUCCGAAGUCAUGGCUUUUAAAAAUACAAUUUAAAAAAAAAAAAAGAAGCCGUCUUUUGUUUUAAAUUACAUAUAGCUUUGUAUCACCAUUAUUAAACCAAUAAAGUAUUUUCAUAAUUUCAUCUAGAUCUAGCUGUAAUGUUUGUAACUAUAAGUAUUUUCAUCAUUUCAUAUAGAUCUAGCUGUAAUGGUUAUAACUAAGUAUUUUUAUCAUUUCAUCUAGAUAUAACUGUAAUGGUUGUAACUGUAAAUAUUUUCAUUAUUCCAUCUAGAUCUAACUGUAAUGGUUGUAACUUGAAGUAUUUUCAUCAUUUCAUCCAGAUCUAGUUCUAAUGAUAAUCUGAAGUAUUUUCAUCAUGUUACUCCAGAUCUAGUUCUAAUGAUAAUCUGAAGUAUUUUCAUCACGCCACACUUCAAUUCUAAUGGUUGUAACUUGAAGUAUUUUCAUCACGCUACACUUCAAUUCUAAUGGUUGUAACUUGAAGUAUUUUCAUCACGCUACACUUCAAUUCUAAUGGUCGUAACUUGAAGUAUUUUCAUCACGCCACACUUCAAUUCUAAUGGUUGUAACUUGAAGUAUUUUCAUCGUGCCACUCUGGUUCUAAUGGUUGUAACUAGAAAUACUUUCAUCAUGUUAAUCAAGUUCCAAUGGUUUUUAACUUGAAAUGUUAACAGUUUACUAACGUAUAAAACAAAAAUGUCAAUAAACAACGAGGAUGUAAAGUCUGCAAAUAAUAGCCGGGUAUGAUUGCCCAGCAAUUUGCUGUAGAACAUAGUAAAUACAUGUCACAACUUUAUUAGGUUUUUAGGAAGAAACGUUUACACAUAAUAACUGGUUUUAAUUGCUAACUACUCAAAUAAUAUAAUUUUAAAAAUGAUGAUAAAAGGUUUUCAUAUGUAUUGGAAGUAACGGUCGCAUAUAAUAAAUGGGGUUACCUGCCCAACAUUUAAAAUUGGGACAUUAUAAGUCGAUUUCAUGUUUGUAUUAUCAAUUUUUGUAUAAACUACAACUUACAUAAAUUGAUGUUAUCUGGGGUUUUUAUUAUCAAUGUACAAAAUUGAAAGAUAUAAAAAAAUCUUCACUUUGUGGUAUUUGAAAAGUGCUAAAAUUGACUGAAAUUAGACAAAAAAUUCCAUGUUUUGUGUCAAAAAUAUGUAAUAUGCAAACUAUUUUUGCUCAGUUUGUAUAAAACGUUAUAACAAUAAAAUUAUGUUUGUG